UCUAAAAAUAUAUUUUGCAGUAAACAUAAUGACAGAGCAAAGCCAUAUUAGUCAUAAAUAUUUAAACCAGUGUCAAUAAUAACAAUUUCAAUCGAUUUCCUAUCCUAUAGUAACAGGCUCAAGGCAGGAUACACCCCGGUCAAGACGCCAGACCUUGGGACACACUCACACCAGGGACAAUUUUCCCAGAAGCCAAUUAACCACCCGGGCUAUACCUAUUGAAGAAUACGACGGAUGGAUAACAUGGAAAAAAACUAUUUUCUUUACACAAAUGAAUAUGUCAAUGACACAUAUGAAUUUUACAAUGACACAUUUGGAAAUUCCAAUGUAACGGAUGAAUUUCCCAAUGACAAUGUUAGUUACGCAGUAGAAGUGGUAUCAAUGAUUCUUUACACCUUGACCUGUGUCCUUGGGCUCCCUGGUAAUGCAUUUGUCAUCUGGAUAGCUGGAAUGAAGAUGAAGAGGACAGUAAACACAAUUUGGUUUUUGAAUUUAGCGAUUGCUGACUUCCUUUGUUGCCUUUCUUUACCCUUUUCUAUUGUAAACAUUGCCCUCGACUAUCACUGGCCAUAUGGAAAUGUUUUAUGCAAACUUAUUCCUUCUGUGAUUAUUUUAAAUAUGUUUGCUAGUGUGUUCACUCUUACUCUGAUCAGCUUGGAUAGGUUUGUGCUGGUCAUCAAACCAGUAUGGUCUCAAAACAACAGAAGAAUUUCACUGGCUUACACUCUUUGUGGGAUUGUUUGGUUGAUGGCACUAUUUCUAAGCUUGCCUCCUUUAAUAUACAGAGAAACACAUUAUGACAUAUAUACUAACACAACUGAAUGUCACUACAAUUAUAAUACAGAUAAUAAGAGAAAAAUUGAAAAUAUGGUUCAUAUCACGAGAUUUGUAUUUGGGUUUGUGAUUCCCUUUUUCAUCAUCAUAAUGUGUUAUUCAUUGAUUGCACUGAAGGUGAAAAGCAGCCACUUUGCUAAGUCUAAGAAGACGUUAAAGAUUGUACUUGGAGUUAUAGUUGCCUUCUUCAUUUGCUGGUUACCUUAUCAUAUCACUGGAAUACUCAUUGAACUCUCAACUGUUAUUGAUCCACUGGUCAUUGCUCUUGCCUACAUUAACAGCUGCCUAAAUCCUUUCUUGUAUGUUUUCAUGGGACAUGAUUUCAAGGAGACGGUCAGGCAUUCGUUAAGACAUGUUCUUGAAAGUGCUUUCAGUGAGGAUCUGACUCGCUCAACAAUACAGUCCAAAGGAAAGUCAUCAAGAGAUGAAAAUUCUGACUUACACCUUUAAAA